CCAUUCCGCUGUAAAGCUGAUGUAACAAUUGCACGGUAGAUGCGCAACGAUGCGAUGGACCUGCAUCAUACAGGAAUACCAUAAGGUAGGUAUUUUCAAGCCGCUCAGCUCUCUCAAGAAAUACCCACUGGCCAGGACCUCUACUAUGACCACGUCAAAGGACGAGCUGCAUGGAAACGCUAGUACAGUGUGUGUCACAGUUUGCAGGUUACGUCGGCAAGUUCUCACCAAAAGAACCCCGCCAUAGCCAUGUCACAGUAAACGGCAAUAUCUGCAGCUCCUUGAGGGAAGGGAAUCCCCAAAAAUGACAACAAAAAUCCCUCCUCUGCUCGAGCCAUAUCUCGGGCUUCCGACAGAAGCCUCUCUCAUAGUGCUGUCCAGCAUACUAGGGGCAAGCACGAACUGGCUCGUGUUGCGACAUUUAUCCAGUUACUUGGGUGGUGGUGCCAGCAGUCUCAGACAUGACGUCGAGCUGGACGGGAGCGCAGGUGGUGUUGACGAUGGGAUGCCACCAGCAGUGCUGCUCGUGAGCUUCUUGCGCGGCUACGGAUUCUGGAAGGAUAGUGCCGGGCGGUUGGUGAGUGAAUAGCUUUCUCUUUUUCUGGCACUAAGAUAAUUACGUGAGAUAUUUCGCAACUUAACUAUUCAAGGGGUUUUCUACGAAGUCAUGAUAGCAGAAAUGACAGGAAAAAAAAAGAAAAAAAAGCCAAGCUUUCAACAAGAAGCAGCCAGAAUACCCAUUGUACACUGCCGUUUCGGCUUUGUAGAUGGCCUGACCGGGAUGUUCACGUCCACACCCCCAGGGGCCACAAAGACACCACCAACGGCGGGAGCUUCUCCCAACUGGCCCUAUCUGUCGUGGGAUGAGCGCAAGGGAUUAAAUGGCAUCCAGGCCGCGAUACGCGCCUCCAUCGACACCCUCCGCGGCGCCACCUCGCAGAAGGUGAUGCUCAUAGUCGACCAGCCGGACCUCCUCCUGGCGGCGACCGGAGCGACCGUCUCAGGGCUGCACGACAUGAUGUUGGAGCUGCGCGAGCAUGUCCACGCAACCGUCAUCACAUUAUCUUCGGACGAGCCUCUCGUCGGCCUCCAGCAGCAGACCACCCUAGAGAGGGAGCACGCGUCCCUGACCCUGUCGCUGGCCCACGAGGCCGACGUCCUGCUUGCCCUACGCCUUCUGGACACGGGCACCGCCAACGACGUGAGCGGUGUCGUGAGGAUCACUCGCGGUGGUGGAUCUGGCGGCGGCAAUGGCAGAGCGCCGGUCGAGGAGCAUGAGUAUCUGUAUCAGGUCGGUGGCGAUGGCGGUGUAAAAGUCUUUGAGCGUGGUCAGUAGUAGUUGGGUAAAAGCCCUCGAUGACUGUGUCUUUGUGGUGCUUUACACUGCAUAAAUUCCUGCACAGUGGUAUGAGCAUGUCUUAGGCAAAGACGUGUCUGAGCAUCUGUUCCGAUGACGCGGGCGCGCUCAAAGUUGAUAGUUCACUAGAAAUGGCUGACCCAUCCAGCCAAAAUUGCACCCAAGUUUCACAUACAACAACCAUGAGCCAACACAAGAUCAUCAGAGGAGUUCCUGUCGUUUCACUUUUUUAUCUGGACGGGAAGACGAUAAGAGCCCGAAAUGCUUUCAAUAACGCCGUGACCGAUCCUGUCUCGACCACCACAAACAAAUGCGAUAUGUCAUAAAAGUCCGUUGCCCUCACGGCUCUUCUUUUGUCCGUGGGGCAGAAUACCAGACGACCCAAAAAUUCAAUCCCCCCUUUGUCCGUUCCGUGUUGCUGGUCAUCGUGACGCGCCGUUUUGUGCGGUUGAGAGUCGAGAGAAAAAAAUAAAUCUUUUUUUGCAAAGGUUUUUUU